AUCCCACCUCUUUCUACCCUUCUCUCCUUUUCUUGUCGUUGUUGGGAGGAAAGUGACACGCCAUAGAACAUCAGAAUGUUUCAAUUUGGGUCAAAGUUAUUACUUGUAUUUCUGCUGGCAUUUCCAUGCGGUCUGCUCUCUGUUGGGCAUGUAUCCGCAGAAGAUGAACUAGAGGAUGAGGUUCCAGAUGCUGCAGUCGAAGAAGAGGAAGAUGAAGAAGAGGAAGAUGAAGUGGUGGUGGAGGACCCUCAAGCUACAGACACAGACACAGAGGAUGAUUUAGAUGAAGAUGCUGCUGCUACAGAUGUGACCUCUCAUCCUGAUGCUGACACCACCAUCAUCUUUGUGACUGGAGAAGAGUUUGCUGCCAAUGAGAUUGUGAAGUUCCUUGUGGGUUUCACCAACAAGGGCAGCACUGAUUUCACCGUGCAGUCUUUGGAGGCCUCCUUCCGUUAUCCUCAGGACUUCCAGUUCUACAUCCAGAAUUUCACAGCGUUGCCCCUGAGCACAGUGGUCCAGCCUGAGAAACAGGCAUCUUUCGAAUAUUCCUUCAUCCCUGCCCAGCCCAUGGCUGGCCGUCCAUUCGGCCUGGUCAUUUUGCUGAACUACCAGGAUGGUGAGGGAAAUACUUUCCAGAGUGCCAUCUACAACCAGACUGUCACCAUCACUGAGCUGGAUGAGGGACUGGACGGAGAGACAAUGUUCAUGUACAUAUUCCUUGGUGGACUGAUUGUUCUCGGCGCCUUUGGAUUGUACCAGGUUUUGGAAUCCCGCACGAGGAAGAGGCUUCCAGUCAAGGUGGAGACAGGCACCGGGGGCAUGGGUGACGUUGACAUCAGCUGGAUCCCUCAGGAGACCCUUAACGUAAUGAACAAAGCCUCCCCGAAAUCCUCACCAAGGAAGCGCGCCAAGAGAACAGCUGGCACCACAGACCAGUAAACCAGUCGCAUGUGGCUCAUCUUCAUAUCCAUGUACGAGUGCUCAAGGCCCACAUGCUGUAAGCUCCAUCUACCCAGCCACCACACGGCUCUCCACAAGCGGGCUGUCACCAUCAGACGAGACCUCACUCAAUGCCCCCACACCCUCCUCCUCCUCCUCUCUCUCAUACUCAAGACUCAGCCAUCUCAUCCGCAGCUGUCUGACCAACGAGACGGAAGCAUGGGACUCCAAAUGAAUGAGAUGGGCCCAUAUCAACAGAGCAAAUUUACAUUUAAACAGAUCACGGUGGGGACUGCUCCUUUUAAUCAGCAUACGGCCAAUAGCACUGCAAGACAAAUAUGAGUUGAGACUGGGUGAUUCAAUCAGCAUACUAAACCAAAGACGGAGGAGGUGGUUCUUCUUUGCCAAAUGAAAAAAAAAAAAACGGCACACUACAUUUUUGUUUAAGAAAAGGGGUUCAAUAAUUUCCAUUUUGAUACUAUGUCCUCAGUCUAUGUUCUUUCCUACAACUGUUCUGUAGCUAUUUCUUGGCUGUUAUAGUCUGGUACAGUUUGAAAUGUGUGUAGGUAAGAGGACUAAUGAUGCCCUGAGCCAUUCCCCUAGUUUAUUUUGAUGGACUCCACUCUGUCUUAUAAGUAACCCUGGUCUGGGUUUAUUUAUAUGAGUUAUAAUUUUGAAAUAUAUUGUGGAGAAGAUAUUUUUGAUUGUUUUCUUUUCUUUUUUUGUAUCACUGUGAUGCUGGUUAUUUCUUCCUCAUAACAUCUACAAAGGCAAGGUUUGCAUAAGUAUGUCUUGAAAUGGGAAAUAAAUUCUCAAAGUGUUCCACUUAUGCGUUUAUAGAA